UAUUGGAUUGAGGAGAUGACGCGCGUGGAGUAGAUAUCGUAACUAAAAUAAAGCAAAUGUAAUAAUUCAUUAAGUACAUUAAUAUUAGCGUUAAUCGAACCUCGAACAACUGUGACUGUAUCAAUUAGUGCUUGUUCGCUGAACAUUACAUGGAUAACAUCAAGAAAUGAAGUCUUUGUAAACUCAGGGAAGCCCUAUUACACAAAAAAUGGCACCACCAAAUCCUUCUCUGUUUAGCUAUGAGACCCUCGUGCAUGCCCUGGCUGGGGCUACGGGAAGUGUUGCAAGUAUGGCUGCAUUUUAUCCACUGGAUACACUGAGGUCAAGGUUACAAGUUGAAGACUCCAAUAAGUACCAAGGGUCAUCUUCAUGGGAACUACUUGUAAAACUCGCAAAUGAGGAAGGUAUAGACUCUUUGUACAGAGGCCUAGCUCCAGUACUGCAGUCUCUGUCUAUUUCCAACUUUGUGUAUUUUUACACAUUCCAUGGUUUGCGUAGAACUGCUUCCUCCAGCUCAUCAGCAUUACAAGAUUUAAUGUAUGGUAUUGCUGCAGGUAGUAUCAAUGUCCUUAUUACUUCACCCCUAUGGGUUGUUAAUACAAGAAUGAAGUUGGAUAAAAAUACUUAUAGUAGUUUAUUCGAAGGUCUAGUCACACUCUUUAAGAAAGAAGGAGUGAAAGGUCUGUGGUCAGGCACGGUUCCUUCCUUGCUGUUGGUUUCAAACCCUGCCAUACAGUUCAUGGUGUAUGAGGCCUUGAAAAGGCACCUUGUGUCAACUGGCCAUUUCAAGAGCUAUUAUGCUGCUUUCUUAGUGGGUGCAUUUGCUAAAGCCAUUGCAACAACGGUCACAUACCCACUCCAGCUGGUGCAGAUGAGACUGCGCUCUGGCACUAGCAUGAAGCCUCUGUUCCGAGAUGUAAAAUCAAACCCAUGGCUAAUGUUCCGUGGUCUUGAAGCUAAAUUACUACAAACAGUAAUGACGGCUGCAUUGAUGUUUCUUAUUUAUGAGAAGCUUGUUAAGCUAGUGUUUAGCAUAAUGAGAGUAAGAACUAAACACAGUUAAGCAAAUUAAUUGCUCAGAUGUUACCAUUUGGUUAGUGAUGUGUUACAUUUUAUCUUACUAUUAUUUAGGUAUGAAUUUUGAAAGAGGUACCUUUCGUCUAAGAAUGACACAUUUAUUUAAGUAAAAUGAAUUUGACAUUACAUAAACAUACAAUUGUGUCGCUUAACUUCAAAAGUGGGUAAAUCCGUUCUGCUAUAAGGUUGAUUAUAUAAAAAAUACAAUAUGAUCUUAAAGAUAAUCAACCUUAUAGCAGAAUGGAUUUACCCACUUUUGAAGUUAAGCGACACAAUUGAGUUCCUCACAAUUUAUGAUGAUGUUCCAAAUUUAAAAAAUUUUUUGACAAUCUUGUUUCACAUACUUAGUGUAAUUCAAUUACUUAGUCACAAUUACAUACUAGUUAAAAAAUUACAAACAUGAUGACAGAAAGGUAAUUUAUUAAUAUGACCACUGAACUACAUAACCACUAAUAACUAUGUAUAUAUUAUGUUAUGGUUAUGUCACAUAUGACCCAAUUAUUAUCAUUAUAAACUUUUUUUUUUGGUUGGAGGAUUGGGAAUUUAGAGAUAUAUCCUCUAUUAUAUCCACAAGAAUUGGACAUCCCGGGGAGACAUGAUAAACUAUCUCAUAAAAAAUCAAUGAAGAGCAGUAAGCAUUUAAUUUGGUGAACAUUUGUUUUCAGCUAUAUUCAACCCAUCUCUAAUGUAAUUAAUCCAGAGAUGUACAAUUACUAGUGUUUAUUUAACAGUAUGCGGCUUGAAAGUAAAGUUGUCCGCCCGUUAAAGGAGAUAUAUAUGUAGGUAAAUUAUUGACGUUAAAAUAACCCAUUUGAAUCCA